GGGGGCCGCCGGGAGCCCCGCCCCUUCCCCACCCUCCACGUUCUGCGUGGGGCGCAGGCGCGCUCCUCCCGCCGCCCCUAACUCAGCUCGGGGACCCCUGGCGGGCGGCGCGAGGACAUGGCCAGCGACGCCGUGCAGAGUGAGCCCCGCAGCUGGUCCCUGCUGGAGCAGCUGGGCCUGGCGGGUGCGGACCUGGCAGCUCCUGGGGUGCAGCAGCAGCUGGAGCUGGAGCGGGAGCGGCUUCGGCGAGAGAUCCGCAAGGAGCUGAAACUGAAGGAGGGGGCCGAGAAUCUGCGUCGGGCCACCACCGACCUGGGCCGCAGCCUCGGGCCUGUGGAGCUGCUGCUGCGCGGCUCCUCUCGCCGGCUGGAUUUGCUCCACCAGCAGCUACAGGAACUGCAUGCCCACGUGGUGCUGCCCGACCCUGUGGCCGCCACCCAUGAUGCCCCCAAGUCCCCCAGUGAGGGCGGCUCGGCCUGCUCAGCCACCAACCUGAGCCGCGUGGCUGGCUUGGAGAAGCAGCUGGCUAUCGAGCUGAAGGUGAAGCAGGGGGCAGAAAACAUGAUCCAGACGUACAGCAAUGGCAGCACCAAGGACCGGAAGCUGCUACUGACGGCCCAGCAGAUGCUACAGGACAGUAAGACCAAAAUUGAUAUCAUCCGCAUGCAGCUACGCCGGGCGCUGCAGGCCUGCCAGCUGGAGAGCCAGGCAGCUCCAGAUGAGGCCCAAGGGAGUCCGGACCUGGGGGCGGUGGAGCUGCGCAUUGAAGAGCUGCGGCAUCACUUCCGAGUUGAGCACGCGGUGGCGGAGGGUGCCAAGAACGUGCUGCGUCUGCUUAGUGCCGCCAAGGCCCCUGACCGCAAGGCAGUCAGCGAGGCCCAAGAAAAACUAACUGAGUCCAACCAGAAGCUGGGGCUCCUUCGGGAGGCGCUGGAGCGGAGGCUUGGGGAGCUGCCCGCUGACCACCCCAAGGGGCGGCUGCUGCGAGAGGAACUCGCUGCGGCCUCGUCCGCAGCCUUCAGUGCCCACCUGGCCGGGCCCUUCCCCGCCACGCACUACAGCACCCUGUGCAAGCCCUCACCGCUCACAGGGACUCUGGAGGUACGUGUGGUGGGCUGCAAGGACCUUCCAGAGACAAUCCCCUGGAACCCCUCACCCUUGGCGGGGGGGCCUGGGACCCCCGACAGCCGUACUGCCUUCCUGAGCCGCCCAGCCCGUGGCCUUUAUAGCCGAAGCGGAAGCCUCAGUGGCCGGAGCAGCCUCAAAGCAGAAGCUGAGAAUGCGAGUGAGGUUAGCACUGUGCUCAAGCUGGAUAACACAGUGGUGGGGCAGACAUCCUGGAAGCCAUGUGGCCUCAACGCCUGGGACCAGAGCUUCACCUUGGAGCUGGAGAGGGCGCGGGAACUGGAAUUGGCUGUGUUCUGGCGGGACCAGCGGGGCCUGUGUGCCCUCAAAUUCCUGAAGUUGGAGGAUUUCUUGGACAACGAGAGGCAUGAGGUCCAGCUGGACAUGGAACCCCAGGGCUGCCUGGUGGCUGAGGUCACCUUCCGCAACCCUGUCAUUGAGAGGAUACCCCGGCUCCGACGGCAGAAGAAAAUCUUCUCCAAGCAGCAAGGGAAGGCAUUCCAGCGUGCUAGGCAGAUGAACAUUGACGUUGCCACCUGGGUGCGGCUGAUUCGAAGGCUCAUCCCUAGUGCCAUGGCCACAGGCACCUUCAGCCCCGGGGCUUCUGGACCCGAGGCCCGGUCCACAGGCGACAUAUCCGUGGAGAAGCUGAAUCUCGGGGCUGACUUGGACAGCUCCCCCCAGAAGAGCCCUGUGGGCCCUCCUUUCAGUCCACCAAGUCUGAGUUCCCCAAUCCAGGACACAGCCACCACACCUGUGCUGCCUUCAGAGCCCCAGGAAACCCCAGGGCCCUCUCUGUGCAGCCCUCUCAGGAAGUCACCCCUGACCCUUGAGGAUUUCAAAUUCCUGGCGGUGCUGGGCCGGGGUCACUUUGGGAAGGUGCUGCUCUCCGAAUUCCAGCCCAGCGGCGAGCUGUUCGCCAUCAAGGCUCUGAAGAAAGGGGACAUUGUGGCCCGAGACGAGGUGGAGAGCCUGAUGUGUGAGAAGCGGAUCUUGGCGGCGGUGACUAGUGCGGGACACCCCUUCCUGGUGAACCUGUUUGGCUGUUUCCAGACGCCAGAGCACGUGUGCUUUGUGAUGGAGUACUCGGCUGGUGGGGACCUGAUGCUGCAUAUCCACAGUGACGUCUUCUCUGAGCCCCGUGCUGUCUUCUAUUCAGCCUGUGUGGUGCUGGGGUUGCAGUUUCUCCAUGAACACAAGAUUGUCUACAGGGACCUGAAGUUGGACAAUUUACUCCUGGACACCGAGGGCUAUGUCAAGAUCGCAGACUUUGGCCUCUGCAAGGAGGGGAUGGGCUAUGGUGACCGGACCAGCACAUUCUGCGGAACCCCGGAGUUCCUGGCCCCCGAGGUGCUGACAGACACAUCGUACACGCGGGCGGUGGACUGGUGGGGACUGGGCGUGCUGCUCUAUGAGAUGCUGGUUGGCGAGUCCCCGUUCCCAGGGGAUGAUGAGGAAGAAGUGUUUGACAGCAUCGUCAAUGAUGAGGUUCGCUACCCCCGCUUCCUGUCAGCUGAAGCCAUUGGCAUCAUGCGCAGGCUGCUGCGGAGGAAUCCAGAGCGGAGGCUGGGGUCUAGUGAGAGGGAUGCAGAGGAUGUGAAGAAACAGCCUUUCUUCAGGACCCUGGGCUGGGAUGCCCUGCUGGCCCGUCGGCUGCCACCGCCCUUCGUGCCCACACUGUCGGGCCGUACUGAUGUCAGCAAUUUCGACGAAGAGUUCACCGGGGAGGCCCCCACGCUGAGCCCCCCUCGCGAUGCGCGGCCUCUCAGUGCCACGGAGCAGGCGGCCUUCCGGGAUUUCGACUUCGUGGCCAGGGGCUGCUAGCCCUCUCUCCGGCCCCUCCCCUGACCCAGCUGUUAGUUUUUUAAAAGGCCUUUGGGGUUUGACCCCUCCAUGCA